AUGGCCUCCGAAAAGCCAACCUGCCGAUGGGGCAUAGUCUCAACCGGGUUCAUCGCAUCGUGGUUUGUCGACGACCUGGCGCUUGACCGGCCAGACGCGAACGUCAAGCAUGUCAUCCAAUGCAUCGGCUCGUCGUCUCUGGAAAAGGGCGAGGCGUUUGCAGCAAAGCACUGUCCCAACUCCAAGCCCGCCAUAUAUUCGUCGUAUGCCGAAGUGUACGCCGACCCCGACGUCGACUGUGUCUACAUCGGCACGCCGCACUCGUUCCACAAGCAGAACUGCCUCGACGCCAUCGCGGCCGGCAAGAACGUCUUGUGCGAGAAGGCCUUCACCAUCAACGCCCGAGAAGCGCGGGAGGUCUUUGAAGCCGCGGCCAAGAAAGGCGUCUAUGUCCAUGAAGCCAUGUGGCUCCGGCACCGACCGCUCGUCGCGGAUCUGACGAAGCUGCUGCACCAAGACAAAGUCAUUGGCGACGUGUUUCGCAUGUCGUCCGACUUCGGCUUCUACAUGGACAUUGCGGGACUGCCGGAGACGUCGCGACUCAAGGAUCCCAAGCUCGGCGCCGGCACAUUGCUCGACAUCGGUGUGUAUUCGCUCACCUGGGCCAUUCUGGCUCUCGACCCGGACUCGCCGAAGAACUCGCAAACCCCUAAACUCCUCGCCGCUCAGACCCAGAAGAACGGAGUUGAGGUGUUGUCGAGCGUGAUCUUGCAUUAUCCAUCGUCCGGACGACAGGGGAUGAUCACCUCCACGACCUUGUCGGAUGCCCCCUCCGACGUCGUCUGUCGCAUUCUGGGAACCGAGGGCUACAUCGAUGUCACAGGCUUGGCUCCGUCACACCCUGCGUCUUUCACAGUGUAUACCAAGAAAAAGGACGGCGGCGGGUUCGAAGAAGCCAGUAGAUCGAACUACACCGACAUUGGCCAUGGCUUCGUCCACGAGGCCGACGACACUGCCCUAGACAUUGCCGCUGGACGAAAAGAGAGUCCGAUCAUGCCUUGGAAGGAGACCAUUCGAGUCAUGGAAAUGAUGGACGAGAUUCGAAAGCAGGGCGGCACAAAAUAUCCCCAGGAUGACGAAUAG